ACGGCAGAAACUUCACAGCCAGUUGUUUUUGUACAGAAGAAGCAAAUAGGAGAUCAUGAUAAAACUUUAAAGUCCUACCUAGAAGGCAAGCCUGAGGAACUGGUGGAAAUGAACGGGCAUACGCCAGUGCUGCAUUCCUACGACUAUGAUCUCAUUGUCAUUGGUGGGGGCUCAGGUGGUCUGGCAGCUGCCAAGGAGGCUGCCAAAUAUGAAAAGAAAGUCAUGGUGCUGGACUUUGUCAUGCCUACACCUCUGGGAAACUCAUGGGGUCUUGGAGGAACGUGUGUAAAUGUGGGCUGUAUACCUAAAAAAUUGAUGCAUCAGGCAGCUUUACUAGGACAAGCCUUGCAAGAUUCACGCAAAUUUGGAUGGCAGUUUACAGAAGAAGUCAAACACAACUGGAUGACUAUGACAGAAUCUGUUCAGAAUUACAUUGGUUCACUGAACUGGGGCUAUCGGGUUGCACUGAGAGAGAAGAAAGUCACGUAUGAGAAUGCAUACGGAGAAUUUGUUGGGCCACACACAAUUAAGGCAACAAAUAAAAGAGGAGUUGAGAAGCUGUACACAGCUGAGAGAUUUCUCAUUGCCACUGGUGAACGACCACGCUACCUGGGUAUACCUGGAGACAAGGAAUACUGCAUUAGCAGUGAUGAUCUUUUCUCUCUGCCUUACUGUCCAGGGAAAACCCUGGUGGUUGGAGCUUCCUAUGUUGCCUUGGAAUGUGCGGGAUUUCUUGCAGGUCUUGGAUUAGAUGUCACUGUAAUGGUGAGAUCCAUCCUCUUAAGAGGAUUUGACCAGGAUAUUGCAAACAAAAUUGGCGAAUAUAUGGAAGAACAUGGAAUCAGCUUUAUUAGGGAGUUUGUGCCGAUCGAGGUUGAGCAGAUUGAGGAAGGAACUCCUGGAAGAUUGAAAGUUAUAGCCAAGUCCACAAAGGGGAACCAAAUAAUUGAAGGGGAAUACAAUACUGUGUUGCUAGCAAUCGGCAGAGAUGCAUGCACAAGAAAAAUUGGUUUGGACAAAGUUGGAGUGAAGAUCAAUGAAAAAACAGGAAAAAUUCCUGUCAACGAUGAGGAGCAAACAAAUGUGCCAUAUAUCUAUGCUGUUGGAGAUAUACUGCAGGACAAGCUGGAGCUCACACCAGUGGCAAUCCAGGCAGGAAGAUUGUUAGUUCAAAGGCUUUAUGCUGGGGCAACCAGUAAGUGUGACUAUGUGAAUGUUCCAACUACUGUAUUCACUCCUUUGGAGUAUGGAGCCUGUGGGUAUUCUGAAGAGGCUGCGGUGGAGAAGUUUGGGGAGGAAAACAUUGAGGUGUACCAUAGUCAUUUCUGGCCACUGGAAUGGACUGUGCCGUCCAGAGAUAACAACAAAUGCUAUGCGAAGAUAAUUUGCCAUAUUCAAGAUAAUGAGAGAGUCGUUGGUUUCCACGUCCUUGGUCCAAAUGCUGGAGAAGUCACCCAAGGGUUUGCAGCUGCUAUUAAAUGUGGGAUGACAAAAGAACAGCUGAACAGCACCAUAGGAAUUCAUCCCGUCUGUGCAGAGAUAUUCACCACCCUGUCGGUGACUAAGCGUUCUGGUGAAAAUACCCUUAUGGCUGGAUGCUGAGGUUAAAGACCCCCAUUCGUGUUAUUGCCAGAGACUGACUUUUAUCGCAGUGUCCGACUUGUGCGAUUCAAAAGAAAGGUUUUGGGAGAAGUCAUCCUUGGGUGUCUGCAGAAAUGUGUAGAUCUUAACCAGGGCGUUCCAUCAUCCUAAGGAGAAGAGCACUGUGGGAGUUGGUCACUUGCGGUGACUGGCUGGCAAUUAGCAACGCAAUGGGAAUAUUGACUGUCAAGCUGUUGCUUAGCAGGGCAUUUAACCAAUGCUUUCAUGAAGUCAUAGCCUGAAAGCCUGCAUUGUCUCGUGGGCAGUGAUGGAAGAACUG